UGCAACACUGACAGUGUGAGAGCACCAUACAGGCUGGUAUGCCAUGUACAGUAUAAAUGCUGCAGCUCAAAGAUGACAGGGCAUGCUCCAAGGAUGGAAGUUGCAGCCUCGCCUCGUGUGGAUGUCCUCCUGAAAGAGGAGCUGGGUCGAUUUCGGUCUGAGCUACAGUCUGUGAGGGCGUCGUUCGAAAGUGCCCCUCAUGGACGAGGGGAAGACAGCGGUGGUGCAUUGGAGGAUGACCUGAUGCGGCAGCACUCCUUUUUAUCAGACUCGGACCUGAGCUCUGAUGGUAGUGACUGGGAAGAGUGCCUCUUGGGCCAUGAAGAAGACACCAGGCGGGUCAAGCAAUUUGGAGCGAGGUCGACAGCUGCUGAGGAAUUGCAUGUCGACAAUCAGAGAGAGCUGCUGCAUUGGCAGCCGGCAGCGGCCAGUGCUAGAUUGGCAAUGGGCAGGGAACUAGGUAGGGAACAAUAUGCACCAGAUGAGCCACCUACCCGGCAGCGGCCCAGGCAGUCUGCAGAGAGUACGAAUGCUCCUCUUGUCUUUUUUGUAGUCAACUCUGAAGGUGAAAUGCUGGGAAAAGAGACCAAUCAGACGACCAGUCCAUCAAUGGUUGCGAACCCUAACCCUAACCCUAAUGGGGGAGGUUUGGAAAGAGAAGAGACUUUUCCAAAUGAGACUGGGCAUGCCAGUGAGCUGGCAGGAGAACAACUCGUGAGCGGAGACACCGAACAAGAUGAGGGUUUUGAGGAGGAGAGUGAUGGCACAGCCAAGGAGAUGGCUUUGAAGAUCCAGCUGUUGUUGGAGCGUCGUGGUGGUAGCCUGGAAAUGAAAGACUGGGACUGGCUGCUCAGCCCCAACGCUCUUAGUCGCCAGCCAAUGGUGUUACCCUCUGAGGGCCAGGGCCUCAGAGUCUGGGAGGCUGUUUCUUUGGCUGAGGGCAAUUCAGCGGAUGCCCUCGGAGAAAGUUCUUUGAAACAGGCCAGUGAAGGUUCAGAGGAAGCUCAGGCUUACCUGGCAAGGGUGUUGGCGUCUCUAGUUCCCGCCCAGCGGCUGACCCCGCUGGCAUCAGCGGAUGGAACACAGGGGGGAAUUAGCGAAGCUGUAGAAGCUGCGGGUGGUGGUAAGACGAGUACUAAGGGUCAGCAGGGCUCGCUCGGGGCGCAGCUUGUCGUUGACUUGCCUAACAGCAGCAACAAAUUAGGGCCUUCUAGCUCAGUGGAGAACAGCAGGCGUGUGUUGAGCGAGGGGAUAGGACGCCGGGAAUCUGGAUCAUCUUCUGUGGGUCCCCAAUCCAAACUGCCACUGCUUAAGCCCAACCUGCACUCGGACCCCAAUGUCCAAGGGAGGGCGCAAGUUGUUGAGACAGCCCCUGCUGACUCAGAAGCUGCUAUGCAAGCAGAUGAAAAUGGGGCAGAGACCUCAAGGCCCGUCCCGCAGUCAGAUGAUGAAAUCAGCGAGCCUGCCCCUCGCGCCAAGCUGGUGGUGCUCCCGAGCAUUCGAGGAGGGGCGGUGCAAAAGCCAUCGGUUGCCGUGCACACCACUCCGCGACCCAAAGAGGACGGGGCCGAGCCCAAGGUAGCUCCCUCACUUACGUCCGGUGUAAAGAAUCAAGUCGAUGGGGAUGGGGCACACAGAGAGGGGGCGACGACAGAGGGAAUGGUCAGGGCAGCGGAGUCUGCAUCGGACAAUGAUACGGGGGUGGUUCGGUCAGAAGGGGUGCCGCAGGUUGGUCAGGUGACGGGGAAUGUUGCAAGCGAGAUGGAGGCGCGGGUGCGCAUGCUGGAGGUACUGCAGCGGCGAACGUUGGAGCUGCAGGAACAGAAGGUGCAGCACGAGAUCGAGAUGCAGAAGAGACGGGCGGAGCUUGAGUUGCAGUCGCUCAGCGUACCUCAAGCGUCAGGGACACGAGAUCCAGUGGGGGUGACGGGGAAUGCCGACCUGGCGCCCCUCCGCCCUGCGACGGCUCUCCUCGCACAAGCACGAGAAGCGGCGCACGAGGUGGUCGACGCCGUCUCAAAGCUGCAAUCGGUUCCUCUCCCCGCCUCCCAAGAGGCCCCCGCUCCAAUAAGCACCGCAACCCCGGCCCCCGCACUCUCACGCCAGCUGGCGACAGCUGUCACUGACCUUAAGGAGAUGCUCGACCGCAAAUUGGGCGAAUUCUACGCCGCGUGCGCCAGCUUCCAUGCAGCCAGCCUGCAGGGUGCGGCGCAGCUCGCGCAAGCGGCCCACGUUGGGCAAGGCCACGUGGGGGGCGAGCGGAGAGCGGCUGCCGCGCACGCAAUGGCGCGCCAGACGGCAGAGCUGGACAGCCUGAGGCAACAGGUCCGCGGGUCUCACCAGGUCGCCCUCCAGUCGCCCGCAUUCCGGCUGCGCACGCCCCUCCCCUCCAAGGCGUCCUCUCUCCCCCGCAGCCGCUCUUCCACUGCAUCUCAGUCCUCUAAGCGGGGCCCGCAAGACGUUGCGUCAGCAGCAGCUGAGCUGGCAACUGGGUUGCGCGAAUUCAAGCCCGAGGAACAUGUGGCCCCCAGCCAGUGGCCGGGGCUCGAGUCUGCGGUGGAAGAAGCGGUGAAGGCGGUCGAGGGGCACGGCAUGGAGUGGCAGCUGCUGGUCCAUGCGGCGCACGCCAAGUGGCGGGAUCUUGCGGCGAGGGAGGAAGAGCGGGCCAACUCCGCCAAGGCCGCUGUGCAGGCGUUGCUCGGCAGCGCUUUCGACUACGACGCCGCACACAAGGAACUCGAGCUGAUUACCCGGGCUGCAAAGGGCGUGCCAGGGCGCGCCAAAGAGCGGGCCAAGGACCCCGCCUUUCAAGAGUUGGCCUUUGCGUCUGCUGCCCACAACGUUUCCGACAGUUGGGAGGCCCCACAGACUGACCACCUGAGUGCCCAGCAAGCCGAAGAGGCCCUGUUUUUAGAAAGGUUGCGCCAGGAUGUGGACCGUCGGAUUGCCGCAGCGGCGGCCUUAUCCACGGGGAUGCCCGUUGGCGCAAAGCGGAGGCGGAUCGGGGACCCCUUAGGAGCGGCUCGAGACAGAGCGGAGAACCUGGCGGGAAACGCGGAGACGAAGAGUGGGGUUGGGAGGCGGCGGGCCGACGGGAAGGAGAACAGGGGGAUCUCUGUGGAGGGAGACGUGAAGGUUCCGGAGGGUUUGCCGAGAAAGGCGGGCUCGAGGGGGGCGCAGAGACGAGAGGAAAAGCCGGUGACCCUGAAGAAGGUCGAGAUCGCGUUCGGCCACAAGGUGAAGCGGCCGCCUGCCGCGCAGCCGCCCGCGAGAAAGCGGAAAGAGAGCGGUGACGCGGGUUGGGUCAAGCGCAUGUCCGAGCCGCGGCGGCCCCCCGAGUCUCCUGGUGGGGAGGGGGGGGAGGAUUUGGCCCUGGAACGGGCCCCCCGCCCUGGUGUCCCGAGGAGAAGCACUCUGCGCCCCGGUGAAAUGGUGCACCGUCCGGCGACUGCCGUUAGGUAUCCGUCCCCGGAACCGAGGCAGCGGAGACAGGGGGAGACGCGGCCGGUGGGGGCGGGAAUGCCCGGUUCUGGUGACAAUGAGGGGGCGGUAGGAAGACUUGUGGCGCUUGCGAGAGAGGCCGCAGCGGGGCUGAUCGCGGAACGACUUUCAGAACGGAACGACGACGAUCCGGCAGAACGAUCGGAGGAGGGCACGGAGAGAGACUUCGGUGGGUCGGAGCCACGUGGCGCGGUCGAAAGCGCGCCAAGUGGCGGGAAGGGGCUGGAGGAGACGGCGAGGGGUGUUACGGAGUGGCUGAGCGAGCAGGUCAUUUCUCAACUGUUGCAAAGGCCGGAGAUAUUGGAGGGGCUGAAAGCAGCUGACUCUGGCGUCUUCUCUGAGAUGAGCAGUGGGGCUGAGGCGGGCGGUAACGACGCACUAAGGGAGCGGCUGUCAGAUGACGUCAGCAUUGACGAGGAGCUGGUGCGCGCGGUGGCUGCUGAGGUCAUCAGCGAAGAGGUGGAUAGGAUGUGGGCGGUGGGAAAUCAGCAGCAGAACGCGCAGCGGGACAGUACGAGGGAGGAAGAAGCGUGGAAUUCUGGGGAUGCGCCAGAGGACGCAUUGGGCCCGAGGAUGACAUCAGCGGACACGUCUGCACAGCACCGGGCUGAAGUGCGGGGAGAGGAGGCUGGCGCAGAGAGGGUCGGAGUCGGCGUUGUCGGCACAGCGAGAGGCAUAGAAAGCGGUCUGUCGCCUCCACUGGAAGACGAAGAAGAAGCAGCGGUUUCUGAUUCCAGGCCCUCAGUCUCUCAAGCGCCGCCGGAAGUCAGCGUCUCGGCAGCGCAACCGGAAGUUCCGGCCCCCCCUGCGGGGCUUGCACAAGCAGCAAUCCGCGCCCCCGAGCCAGAAACGCUCGGCUCUAUUCCGGUAACCCAGGGCCCCCUGCCUUUCCCAUUUCUACCCACUUCUUACCCAGCUAGUGGUCUGCCGUCCGUUACUGGUCCGUCCCAGCCUUGGCCGUUCAUUCCGUUCCCCUUCUACUUUCAGCCCGAUGGACGCUUCGUUCCCGGCGCCCCUUUCCCAAACCCUUUCCCAAACCCCGUCACAGAACCUGGAUUAAGAGAAAACCGGGCGGCGGCAGCCCAGACCGAGCCGCAGACGGCGCCGCAGCCGAAACCCGUGAGAGUAACCCGCAGAAUUAAAGCGGGGAGUACGCCGGCGACCCCGCCCACUCCCAGCACGCCCUCGUCGUCGCCAGAAGUGACGCUGGUCCGCAGGAAAGCGGUGAGGAGGGGGUUCGAGGCGGCGCUUGAGGGAAUGGGCAUCAGCGUGCGGCUGGCCGGGGAACUAGAGUCGGAAACUGGGGCGGGGGGCCCUGACCAAAUUGAGGCUCAAAGGGAGUCUUCAGCGAGGGGCUUAGGAAAGCAGGACGGGCUGGAAAACAAUGACGCGAACGAAGAAGCGAAGAGUGAAGGUGGGCGAGAGGUAACUGCAGAGGACGAGGCAGAGCGACAAGAUAGUACUCGGGUAGAGGACGGCCAACAGCGUGCAGAGCAGGAGGAAGCCGAGCCGGAAGGGGGGGCGCCGGCAGAGCAAAACGGCACAGCACAAACCCCCCUCAAGGAAGAAGACUCCCCCCAAGCCGCGCCGCCCACUCCUGCUUUGCCAGCAGUGGAACCGACCGACGGGCGACCCGAGGAGCAACGUGACGUCAGCGCCACGUCGGCGGCGGGGGCGGAGAAGAGCCUGGGGGCGCGCGCUCGGCGGCGGUGGGCGUUUCUGGACGAGCGGUGGGACGCGCGGCAGGCGGUGGAGACCAUGGCGCACACGUUGCUGGCGGGGGGGGAGGAAGAGAGCAGCAUCCGCAGCGGGGGAUCCCCCUCCGGGGGGGGCCGUACGAGCGCCGCGCUGACGGAGUCGACGUCGGUGUCGUUUGGCGAAGUGGUGGCAGGCCUGGCUUCUGAGCCAUCCGCGUCGUUUGGCGGACCGCCUUCCGGUCUGAGGCACGAAGCGGAGCCGCAACAAACGAGGCAGGACGUCGCCGCAACCAGCAGUCUGUCAGAAGGCGAAGCUGAGCCCGGGGACCUGCGCCAGGACCAGGAGCCCGGUCAACGAGGCCGGUUGGCACCCCCCGAGCUGUCAGCCGACUCGGAGCCGGGCCUUAUUCGGCAACAAGACAGACCCGGUGAAGACCCACCGGGCAGGACAGCGAGCCGCAAGUAUAGGGACCAGGAAGAUGAUGACAGUUUCAGUGAGUCGCUGGACGCUAGGGGUAGGCGGAGGAGAGGAACGGCUUCCGCAUGGGCAGGGGGGAGGGCAACGAGCCGUUCGCAGAUGCGACGGCCCACCCCCCGGAAAGAUGUCAUCCGGAGUGCCGUGGCCACUCUUCGGGGCCUUGCUAAGGUCCGGCCUGCGGAUGAGGCCUCCGAAGGAGAGCUCGAGAGCGGGGCGGAUGAAGGGGAGGUGGGGAUAAGAGGGCACGAGGCAGGAGAACUUCGUCGUUGAACAACAAUAAGAAGGCCCUCAGGAAAGCUGGUUGUGUGAUAUCCGACAGGAUGCAACGCAAGUGAGAAGACGGGCGGCUAGGAUCGUUCCAGUUGUAAGACUUGGACACAGUAUCUAGCGUCUCAGCUCGUCUAAGUAGAAAUCUUCGUGUCCGUCUGAUGCUCUGUCGUCACCUCCCUUGUUGAGUUUACAGAAUUUGAAGACAUGAGAGUGGUAAGGCCUGUUCACAUGUGAUCCUUUCUGCAGAGAUCUUAGCCAGGUUGACCGCGCUGAUGACCGAGAGAGCGCGAGUAACCCCCAUCGAACGCCACUCAAAAGAAUAAAAAUGAUAUCAACUUGCUCAACCCUGAAAACUAGAUUACCAAGGGAGGA